AUGAAUCAUUUCGUAAACAGACCCAGUACUGCUGUUGGAAAAUUAGGUAAUGAACUCUUCGGAAAAGAACACAAAGUAUAUUUGGCAAAGGAUGCAAAGGCAAAGCUAACACAACGACGGAGAAGAGACAUUUCAGCUAGAACAAUACAGAGAGCUUGGUUAGCUCACACAAACAGAGCACUAUUUAAACUCCUAAAACACACAGUUUGUGCAGCGGAAUACUAUGUGACUUAUGAAAUACUGAAGAAAGUAAGCCCCGUAGAGGCUAACCUUCUUAAAGAUCCUAGCAUGAAGUAUAAAGUCAGGUUCAGAUUUAGUGGUGAAACAUUUCCACCUUUCAUUGUGUUUAAAAUUUUUCUUCAUACCGAAGGCCAUGGUUACAAGUAUUUUAGUGGGAAAAAAUCAUUAAAGUCAUCAAAUAAGGCAGGGGUUGAUGCUUACAAAACAAUGGGAAUAAAGAAAUUUUAUCAUCAAGUUAUAGAAGAUGAAUGUAUUUUCCAGAAGUUCGGAAUAACUGAAGAAAUAGAUAUUGUCACCAUGCAAGAUUUUAUGCAAUAUUCCAGUCUUUUGGAUGAGACUCCUGCACUUUCUGGUGGCAGAAAUAACUACUGGCGAAAAUUAAGCCUAGAAGAUAUUCCCAGGACAAUGAUAAUGCAUGACAUAAUUGAUUAUGCGGAGUCUAAAGUAAUCUCAAACCGUCUACGAAAAGAAAUGAAAUACCUGUUACAGAGACCAAGAACAGAAGAGAUGCGUCAGCACCAACUACAGAUUGUUUCUGAAAUUAGGUAUCCAUCUUUCUCAAUUACCCAACCUUUAUAUCGGUCCUGGAGACAGCAAAGUCAAGUUAAACAUCUAGGUCGUCGAUCCAAGAAAGCUCAAAUGAAGGUUGAAAAAAUGAAAAAAGCUUAUUUGGCUAAAGAAAAAAAUGCUUCUACGGUGACCGAACUGACAAUGGACACAGCAGGUGCAAAGCAACAACAGACAAUAAUCAUCUCCACCCCAUCUUUUAACAUUGUGAAAAUUGAUGAGCCCAUUUCAGACAGUGAUUCAGAAAAAGAAAAAAAGGACUUAUUUACCUGGUCUCAAGAUGUAUGUGUUGGUAGUUCUCCGCCAUAUUAA